AUGGCGAGCAAACGCCGCAGCUUCUUUGGCCGCAGCUCCCUCCUCGGCGCGCAGACCAUCCAGGACGAUGAGGAGCCCUCGAACCUGCUGCGGAAGCGCCGCACCGCGUCCAUCAGGACCACUCUCUCGACCGCCGCCUCCAGUUCGCUGCUGGCCGACGAGGACGACGACACGCUCGACGGACACACGCUGCGAGGAAGCCCCACGCUGCGCUCACCCGCGUCGCGUGGGAGCGGCAAGCGCGCGAGCUCAGUCUUUGGCUCGUUCAAGGGCGGUCGUCUGCCGGACGAAAAUGAAGAAUCAAUCGACGUAACCUUCUCCCGUGCCCGUACGCUAUCGAACAACUGGACCGCCCAACCCGAAGAAUCGCCAAGCACGCGCCAGCCGUUGCUUCAUGGAGAAGUGCAGACAAGCAGCUCCAUGUUCCGGAAGAAGAAGGAGUACCUCGUGCUCACGGACACUUACCUGAUGCGCUUCAAGAGUUACCAAAAAGCUGCCGAAGCCUUUCCUAUAACUUCUUCCACGUACAAACGCAUGUCUUCAUACCGGCAUAGCCAGAGCCCUUCCCUUGGAUCGUCUCAUGAGCUCCAAUCGCUGGCGUCCGACCAUUCUGGCGAUCGUGAUCUAGGCAUUCCUCUCCGCCAGAUCGUAGCAGUGUUUCACCAGGACGAUGGAAGACCUCAUUUUGCGUUUGAGGUAUUCUACCUCGACGAUGAGACAAACCACGCCUCAUCCAUGACCCUUCAAUUCGGGGACCCAGACGAAAUGCAUGCGUGGCUCGCAAAAGUCCGCGAGGCAGCCAACGUUGGCAGACUCGCAGACGCGAACCCGCUCUCCGCCUACAACUCUCACUUGGCUGCGCGUGUUGUCGAAAAUGAGUCGGACUAUGUUCCUCAGCACUACGCCAUCUAUAAAGUCGUGCAACGUCCAAAUAGCAAGAGUAGUACCCGAGCAUCGUCAGAUGAUCUUCCCAAAGCUCUUGCGUCUGUUUGUUUUCUUGCGAUUGGUGUUCACAAAGUUCAUUUGAUACCCCUUUUCAAACCGCAGUCCCAACGGGCAUCGAGUCCUUCACUGCUUUCAAGCAACACCCAGUCAUCUUAUGGCAUUCUCAGUAUAACGGAAUUGCGCGUUAGUGAACUUGACGAUACUUUCGAACUCACCUUCCGGACACCUCUGCAACGACCGAAAGUGCUUCACUUGGCAUCUCUCGCUUCUCACGACAUCGCUGUGCGUCUGCGAUACGUUGAGGAACAUCUAAGGCCCGAAUGGGAGUCGCGCCCAUACCUGUUCAUCGUUCCAGACUCAGUAAAACAUGACAUAUUACGACAAGCUAGCCCGCAUGGGAUCAGCCAAGACAGCUUAGACAGGACCCUCAUUGGAUACUGCGCCGCAUACGGUGUGAAGCCAGAGAAUAUUCGCUAUCGGAUCACGUAUCCUGAUGAAGAUCAUCCUCGAUUCGAGCUCAUGCCGCCCGCUGGACGCCGAGCAGAUUACACAGAUCUCGAAUUGCUGGCCGUCAUGCGUUCAUUACGAUAUAACGAGAAUUUCGGUGGAAUUUCGUUUAGAGGUGUUUCCCUGGACUGUCUCAAUGGCCUAACGGACCACUUCGGUGACGACCAUGUCUGCACCAAAACUAAAAGAGGGACAGUACUACGACUAGAUGUUGAGGAACUGGGGCGGUCGUGCUUACUCGUGCAAGAAAUACGAGCCUUGGCUGUAACAAGCCGGAGACUUAGACGGCUGGACUUUUCUGGGUGUAUAUCUAGGAAGCCCAGGGACCAUCUGGCAACGACGGCCAAAGCAAGAGAUGUCGGUUGUGGUAUCGUCGAAGCUUUGUUUCCGCUCUGCAAAUACCAGUCGACGAACGUUGACUGGAUUGCGCUGAAUAACAUCCAACUUGGGGAAACAGACCUCGACUACCUGGUGGCUGCAGCUGUUGAACGCUCGUGCCACAUUCGCGCCCUAGAAUUGAGUGGCUGUGGGCUUACAGAUCGGACGCUGUCUCUCAUAUUAGACGCUCUUCGACCUCAAGAGAACACCUUGGAAGCUCUGGACCUUUCUUCGAACCCCUUCCGAGUCUCUCCUACAAUGUUUGACUCUCAGAUUGGGGUCUUUGGAUACCUCACUAAACUUAAUCUUUCGAAUGUCGCGCGGACUUCUGGCGAUGAGCCUCUCAUCACGGUCGAGACUUUUCACGCUUGGAGAUUGCAGGAGUUGAUCCUGAGCGGAACCUCAUUGAACAAGGCGACCGUUGAUGCUAUAGCAAGUUACCUCGUCAAUUACAAGCAGUCGGCAGCGCUUCGUGAGCUCCGAUUAGACCAUUGCUACCUUACUGGGGAAUCAGUCGCAUUCUUACUACGAUCAAUGAACGAAAGGCCUGGGAAAGCCCGUAACCUCCACUUCGACGUCAGCGAGAAUUACAUUGAGCAUGGCCUCAGAGAGCUUACGAAUGCUAUUGCGGAAGGUGUAGCACCCUCGUACUUGACUAUUCGUCUGAUCGAGUUUGAAAGAGAAGAGGAUUUUCGACAAUUGAUCAUUGCCUUCGCACGGAACAACACUAUUCGACACCUCGAUAUCUCUCGCGCAUCGUUACCUAGCGAUGCCUCGGAAGAGACUUGCCUGGCACUCGAACGGAUGUUCUCCGAUAAUACUACGCUUGAAUGGCUAGACAUGUCGGGCGAGGAUUCACGACUCGAGACAACUAAAUUGGGUGUUGGCAUAAAUCGUGCAUUGCGAGGACUUCAGAAGAACCGCACGCUGCGGGUUCUACUGAUCAAGUAUCAGAAGCUCGGUCUUCAAGGUGCCAACACCUUAGCUGACGUCCUCAAAGUCAACACCACGCUACAGCAGCUCUACUGUGAAAACAACGGCAUACCCCUCCAGGGUUUCACCGACCUCGUGAACGCCUUGCACCGCAAUACCACCCUCCUGCACCUCCCCUCUAUGGACGAGAGUAGACAACUCGCCCUCAAAACGACCGAAGACCAAGUAAAACAACUCCGCGACGAUCCCACUACCGCUCCUACUGCACACCGCCGCUCUCCCUCUGUCCGCCAGAAGUUUGCCUCUCGUGUUCGCGGCCAGUCCAAAUCAGAUAAAACGCUGCCCAUGGGUCUUUCAGACCAGGACAUCAAAGCCGCGCUCAGCCUCGUAGACGAGAGCUGGGAGCGCCAGGAGUACCGUCUUCAGCAGUAUCUCCAGCGCAAUUACAACCUGGCCAAUGGAAUUCCGACCGCGCUGGAUGUGGACGAUGAAGAGUUUGAGAGGCCGGAUACGGCGACUAGUCUAGGGGAAGCUGGUCGAGAAGGUCAAGUUUGA